GCCAUGGUUACGCAGCCUAGGCCGCAAGCCUCAAAGGGAAGAACGAGGAGGUCAUGGCGCUUGUGUUUCCGGUUCCGGUUCGGUGUCUGUGCGUCUUUGAGAGGAGCGAGGAGUACUUCUGGAGGACACCCCCCCCGGUGUGCAAGUGGGAGUUUCUGCGUGGACCAGAAGCUAGCAACCACCACUUCCUUUAUGUAGAAACUGCUGUAUUUAAGAUGUCCCGCCACCUGAGAUUUAUUGCUCGGACAGUCAUGGUCCCCAACGGCAACGUGGAUGCUGCCUACCGAGUUCUGCACAGGAUCCUAACCACGGAUGGGAUUAUAGAUGAAGCCAAGCGCCGCCGAUAUUAUGAGAAGCCAUGCCGGAAGAGAUAUCGAGAAGCUUAUGAGACUUGCCGCAGGAUUUACAAUGACGAAAUGAACCGGAAGAUCAAUUUUCUCAUACGGAAGAAACGUCCAGACCCUUGGCUUGGUUGCUAAACUUGAAAGCCUGCGAGCAGAGCAGAAACUGGAUGGGUUUCUCAACGUGGCUGACUGAAUAACUGGGGGACAUAAGGGGGGAGUUUUUCCAUUUCUCUGGAAUCUGCCAUUAGUUCUCCUUUUAUUGAGAUUUAAGUAUUUGUAAAGUCAAGUACACAUUCUCGGGCCUUGGUUAACUGCAAGCUUAACUUCAGCAAAAAUCUCUUUGACAAAGCUCAUUUUUUGUUUUUUUGUUUUUUUUUAAUGCUUCCUAAACAGGAGGACAGACAGCCUGUGGUGAGAGAAUUAAUAGAUGAGAUAAGAGGAUGCUUUCAUCUAGAUUUUGACAGUCAAGUAUUGUUUUUAAGGGGGAGCAUUUCCCACCCGUCCCCCAAAAUGAAGUACUCAUCUAUCAUUACAAAAGUACCUAUAGUCUGAAGUUGUUCAAUCCAGGAAGGACCUUACUGUAUACUUCUGCUCAUUAAUUUUAUGUCCUGCUCUCACAAGUUGUGUUGUAAUGUAUUUGUAGGCCAAUAAAAAGCUUUUACAACUUAAAACCA